ACUUUUUGACAGUACAAUUUUCUUGACAUUUUUCUGUCGUCGCGUCUGAACCUUUAACAAAAAUAUAAUUCCAGCCGAUCAACAAUAAUUUUCGUAAAAUUGUGAAUUUAAAGUAACCAUCACGACAGUACCGUAGAUAACAAAUCAACAUCAGCACCACCAUCAAGGGAUCAAUGUCGAAUUCCUAAAUGAAAACUGGGUGCCAGAUCGGAUGGAACACGCAUUGUUGUUGUUGACUAUUACGGAACGGAAAAGGCUUUGUUUCGUCGAUAAGAAUAUCGCUAAUUAGUUUAACAAAGUGCGGUGCAUUCCAAAUUAUUUAGCAUUUUUUAUGAAUAAUACCCCGAAUUUGGUGGGCAUAUUCGAUUUGAUGGCCGGGUUUGGUGAUUUCUCGAACCAGGUAAAACUGGAACCGGAUUUUAUCAAUCAAGUCAAAUUGGAUCCCAAUUUUAUGAAUCAAGUGAAAUUGGAGCCCGACUUUAUAAAUCAAGUGAAAUUGGAGCCAGAGCUGCAACAUCAACCACAUCCACAGGAUCAUCAUCAUCCACAUAAUCACCAACAACAACAACACCAACUUCAACAACAGGAUUUGCAACAGACAACAUUGCAGCUACCACAAUUACCACAAUUACAGCCACAACCACAACAGCAACAACAACAACAACAGUCUCAGGUUCAACCACAUUUACAGCAACCGCCGCUACCGCACGACGACAAACCGUACAAAUGUCAGACCUGCCACAAAGGAUUUCAUCAGAUGUCCGGCCUGAAGAUCCAUUCGAAUGUACAUAAUUCCGAUCGUCCGUUCAAAUGCACCAUGUGCGAGAAGACGUUUACGCAACUGUCGAACUUAAAAAAUCACAUGAAUGUGCACAACGGAGGCGACAAGCCUUACAAAUGUGAUCUAUGUGGGAAGGGAUUCAAUCAAGUUAGUAGUAUGCGAUCGCACCGUAAUAGUCACACCGGUGAAAAAAGACACAAGUGUACGAUAUGUGACAAGACGUACACACAAUCGGGCAGCUUAAAAGUACAUAUGAAUAUUCACAGUGGCUUUAAGCCGUACAAAUGUGUGAUUUGCGAAAAGGAAUUCCAUGAUCCGUCGAAUUUCCGGAAGCACAAGGCAAAAACCCAUUCGAAUCAUUUUACGCCACCGGCCGCUCAAUAGUUAAAGAUUUUUUGUUUAUUUGGAUAUUUUCCAUAAAUUUUUUUUUCUUGUUUUUCUUUUGGAUUUUUAUUUACUUUUUACCAAAUUUAUACAAAUUUUAUGA